UUUCCUGCUUGUUUUUCGGCUUUCGCUUAUUAAAUGUGGCGUGCACGUGUUGGUAAACUGACGCACACAGACGCGGCCACUCACACUCACACUCGCGCAGACACGACAGUCGCCACACCAACACAGGCGCACUUUGGACUCGCACAGACACGCUCGGCAGACAAUGUGAUUCCGCCAUUAAUAUUAACGUUAAAGGAGCAACAACAAAAUGCUCAUCAAACAUGCGGCGUUUAGUAGGCACACACACACACACACACACACACACACACUACACGCACGCUUAUAAAAAAGACAAAUGCCUGAGCGAGUGUGUGUGUGUGAGAGAGUGAGCGAGAGCGCUGUCGGCCAUUUCCUUUCGUCUUUCGCCUCUUUCCGGUGCGUUGAAUGUUUCGCUUUCCGUUUUCGUUCGCUGCUUGUUUUUUCUUUUUCCACUUUUUUUUUGGUGUCUUUCAGUUGGCGUCGAGCGUUUCCUUAAGGCAAACGCAGCUUUGAUUUGCCUUCCGCGUGUGCCGCUCCGCAAAAGGAUAUAUAUUUCGAAAAUAUCUGAAUAUUCGUGUCGUGUGUGUGUGUGUGUUUUUCGAUCACUGAUUUUACUGACUGGUGAUAAUGGCUCUGGUGGCCCAUCGGAUGAUGUUGCCGGCGCGGCAUCGACGCAGCACCACCCAGCAGGUGGCCCGCAACAAGGUGGGCGUGCUGCUGGUGCCCAGUGUGGCGGAUUACUACGGCGCGGAGGUGGCACCCGGACUGGCCACGCCCCUGCCCACUCCGGCCGCCUCCCAGCUGCACCUGCCACAGGAUGCGGCAGAAGCAUCGGGCGAUGGCAGCGCCACAAAAGUGAGUGCAACAAGUCGGUGCAACGACCCACAUUCGAUUGACUGUGUGGGAAUGCGUGGAUUUUCCUCCGGGGAUUUCCCACAAAAUAGCAGCUUCGCUUUCUCUAAGGAUUUCGAGCCAGCUGCCUAUGUGGAAGUCCGCAAUGGCAGUCGGCUCAGCCAAUCACCCGAAAAAUCACCUGGCGGACGGGAAAACGAGAUCAUCAGGUCGGCUGCCAAGGAGCACGAAAGGGAAAUGCGACAGCGAUAUGUGGAGAACCCCAGCAGUGAUCGUGGCCAAAAACUCAAACAUAAAACUGAAUACGACUGA